AUGCCAAAUGAUAUAUGUACAUGUGUUGUAGAUAUCCAGAGAGAGCAAGAGAAAGUCAAGCGCUCAAUAAAAGACACAGCAAAGAAAGGCAACAGGGAUGCGUGUAUAAUAUUGGCAAAGGAGGUUGUGCAGUCCAAGCGGGCAGUAAAUAAGCUCUAUGCCUCCAAGGCUCACAUGAACUCCGUACUCAUGAGUAUGAAGAAUCAGUUAGCUGUCCUCAGAGUCUCUGGAUCCUUACAGAGGAGCACAGAGGUAAUGAAAGCCAUGCAGAACUUGGUGAAAAUCCCGGAGAUCCAGGCCACCAUGAGGGAGCUUUCCAAAGAGAUGAUGAAGGCUGGGAUUAUAGAAGAGAUGCUGGAGGACACAUUUGAAGGAAUGGAGGACCAGGAUGAAAUGGAAGAAGAAGCAGAGAUGGAGAUUGAUAAGAUUCUGUUUGAGAUCACAGCAGGGGCCCUUGGCAAAGCUCCCAGCAAAGUCACAGAUGCCUUACCAGAACCGGAGCCAGAGUUGGAGGGUGCCACUGCCGCAUCCGACGAGGAGGAAGAUUUAGAAGCCAUGCAGUCGCGACUGGCUGCCCUUCGCAGCUAG